AUGGACUCUCACUCAAACCAACACUUCUACGCUCAGCAGAGACCUGCCUAUCCCCAAGCUUCCUACAACCAAUCCACCUUCACAAGCUCGGCUAGCCUCUCAUCAUUGGCUUCCAUCAACACCAGCCCUGACCAGACCAACAUGAACUCUCGUCAAUCACCUACCUUGGUCUCUGCCGCGCCUGUGUCGUCGCCUUCAAGCCAGUCUCAGUUCUCUUUGCCUCCUGCAGAGAACAACUACUACCAACAAAUGCCUCAGUACCCUCAGCAACAUCGUGGUAGUUUCUGCGAGGAGCAGAGACCCAGAGGCCUGAACGACGCUUCACCAUUCCUGCAGGACUUCAGCCUUCUUGCUGAGGCUGCCAAGCGUGCGCAGAUGGCCGUCAUGAUGAGAGACUUUGACGACCUUGAGAUGUAA